AAUAAAUUUUGCAUUGAAAUUAAAAAACGACACUUAUUUUGUAAAUAAAUCUACAACGACACUUAAUAUAAAACAGAUGGAGUAUAGUUUUCUUAUAUAGUACUGCAUAUAUCCACAUUCACUAAUUAUAUCGAGGAUUAGAUCAAGAGUAUUAAAUUUACAUUUUAAUUCGACAAUUUCACUGGGACACUGAAGAAGUAGUAAACACUCUUAUAAUAGGUUCAAAAACUUAUUUUUUCGUCCUACUAACUUUCAUGUAUAUUUGUAUUGGGUAACAUGAAUGAUCUGAUAAUUCAUCGGUAAUCUGAUCAUAUAAUUUUUUAUCAUUAAAAAAUAUUAACUGCAAACAAGCACAAUGUUGGUAGUAAAGCCGCGCGAAUAUUCUCAACUACACCUCAAAAAAUAAUUAUCUAAUCAAAAAAAUGCAUUUUCAACAGCUAUGCCAAUGACGGAAUUAGAUUCUAGAAACGUAAGAAUUGAAUAGUAAUAUAACAACAAAAGGAGCUUUUGCUCACAUCAUACAAUCAAAAAGACAGUAAGACCAAGUGGAAUUUGAAUUAAAUUAUUUGAAUGUAAGCAUUUUGGUUAGAAAUGUAAGAAUACAAAACUUAAAGAAAAAAUCCACAAUACAGAUAAACAUAAGGAUAUAUUAGUGAAAUAAAUUGUUGUUUCCGCCGUUAUAAAUACAUUGUCACUCACCAGACAAAAGAAACCUAACCUGUUAUGUCUUGGUUCUAACACAGAGAAACCAAACAGAACAGAACAUAAAUAGAGUUUCACUUCAUCAGUUUCAAAAUGGCUUCUUCAGAUCUUUAUAUCUUUGAUGGUUCUUCUUCAUCUACGUCCUCAAUUUUCCGAAACUCUAGUCCGGAUAUGUUCUCUUCAGACACUACAACAACAACAGAUUUGUUCUGCAACAACGAACUCUACUCUGUUGAUGAAUCUCUCAACAUGUUUGACCAUUUCACCCCUCACAUCCUCUCUUCAUCUCCUCCAAGCGACCUUCUCGGAACCCUAACUCUCUCUCAUCAGAUUCCCACCGGGUUAUAUCCAAAUAUCUCCGACGCCGUCAAAACAGAGCAGUUUUACGGCGGUUCCGGUCAUAAUCAGACGGAAACGGUUGCAUCAAUGGCGAGAAGCUAUAGUGCAAUAGAGAAUGCAGGAAGAUAUAUGCAGAGAAGCUUUAGCACCAACUCCGUAGAUGGAAAACCAAAUCAGAUUCCCUUCAACAACGUUCCGAUAAUGGAUUCUUUAAAUAUCCAUUACAAUACCUUGAACUCUCCGGAAAAUGACUUCUUUUCCGGUCAGAUGAUGCGGCGAGUCUACAGCACAGGAGAUCUGCAGAACACAAGAAAGAACGUUGCCGAGCAGAGAUCAUCGGAGCCGUUUCCAGACGCGCAGAACUUGAAGGUGGGACGUUACAGUGCAGAGGAACGUAAAGAGAAGAUCUCAAAGUACAGAGCUAAACGUAACCAGAGAAACUUUACCAAAACUAUAAAGUAUGCAUGCAGAAAAACGUUGGCGGACAGUAGACCUAGAAUACGUGGACGAUUCGCACGCAACGAAGACGUUGUAGAAAUUCCCACCAUUGAAGACGAUGACGCCGAGCUUUGGAAAUUGGAUGGGCUGCAUGAGGAAAACGAAGCUUUUGGGAGCAGCUUUGUGGUGCAACAAUCUCAAUUGCAAUACGCAGCUUCUGAUUUUUCUUCUUCUUUCUGGUGAAAGACUUUUAAUAAGACUAAGGUCGUACAAUAGUUUUUAGAACAACGUAAAUUUUAAUAAGCUGCAUUGUAUUUAGUUUAUAUACUGAAAAUGGCUUUGUCAGGUGUCCUUUCUUUUUGUGUGAAUGUUGAAGUUCAAUAAUGUAAAUUCAACGUAUGCACAAA